UAAGAAGAAGCAGAAGUAAACAGCACGUCACAUUUUGAGAGGAGGAGCAGCUCAUAUUAACACGGUCACAAUAUGUCCGAACCUGAAGUUGAUCCUGAAAAGGUCUCUGCCUUCGUUAAAAAUAUGGACGUGUUCCAGACUGACUGGAAGGAGAAACACGAGAGUCGGGGCACCCGGGAACCUCCCACUCUUCUAAACGUGUGGCAUGGCUACCUGGGGGAGGAGGACGAGAGCACUGUCCUGGAGAGGAUUAAUGUACCUACCAUCUUCCACCCCGACCAGGAGUUGUAUCACGUGAACAGAGACCUGGAACGCAGAGCGGAAGUGAGAUCGCCCCGAGAAACAAAGCGCGGGAGUAUGGGAAGCGCGGGGGUUACAAACGAGGAGGAUGAGGAGGAGGAGGGAGGGGCUGGUAAAGAAGCAAGUUCGAGCGGCGCGUGUGAAGCAGGUGAUGAGGAUGCUGGUGAUGCUAAAGAGGAAGCAGCCAAGAUCGCGGCAGCUAAUGCGAGCAGAAACGGAGCCAGCACAAGUGGUUCUAUGUUCGGCAGUGUAUUUAGUGUCUUCUUAAGGAAAGAGGAACCAGCAGAGAAUAUUGUUGUUAAAACUGAGGUUGCCCCGUUGACGGAGGCACCAGAGUCCCCGCCCCCACCAAAGUCACUACCCCCACCGAAAACUCCGCCUCCACCGAAGUCUUCACCUCCACCAAAGUCACCGUCUCCACCAAAUUCACAGCCCCCACCAUCGAAGUCCCCGCCCAAACCGAAAUUAACGCCACCACCGGAGUCCCCAUCUCCUGUGGUGUCCCCAGCACCACAGGAGUUCCCACAACCGACUCCUGUAGAUACUGUACCCUCUACUACAAGUCCGGCUUGUGAACCUGAUCAGUCCCGCGAAACUAUUGAAAGGGACUGUUUGGAGAACGGAAAAGACAUGACGGUUCAUGAAAUGGAGCGGGUGAUCGUAGAGUUUGAUUUGAGACACCCGACAAUCGAGGAGGGUCAGGAGAGCAUGGAGAAUGGAGUGUAUUAUGAUGAUAGUUGUGAGGAUACUUUCCCUCCACAUCAUGACAACGUGCUGUCUCCAGAAGGCACUAUAGUAAAGCAGAACAAGGAAUGUACCUCGGAUGAGGCCAGCUCCAGCGCCCUAUCCACUGACCCUUCCACUAGCUCCAGACAUAGAAAUAAGGGACUCGGCAUGUUUGGCAGACUGGCUCUCUUCAUGAAGGGACCAAAACGCAGGAGGAUAAGACAGGGCAGUCUUGAUGUUGAAGGUACGUCAGGGGAGUCCAGUACUUCGAAUAGCGCUUAUAAUUACGAUAACAACACUCGCCCUUCCCUUCACUCCUCGAUGUCAGUAGGAACCGGGUCUAACAACAAACAAUCUGGUAGUUUAACUUCGGACGCCUCCACUUCAAUCCCCAGAGAAAACUCGCUACCAGAAAGGUCUCAGUCCGUUCCUAUUAAUAAAUAUAAUAAUCAUGCUCCUAUAAAGAAUGUCCCGCCCCGUAAGUUGCAUCCCAAAAGUGGCAUCAAGAACUCAGAUCCUGAGAAGAUGACACAGACUAAAAUCUCAGAGCCCCUCAAAUCGAGGCAAGGUAAGAGGAGAUCGAGGGAGUUGCCCACGGAGGACUUUGUGCUAAGCGACCCAGAACCUGAACCAUCAAUAACCACACCACGCUUCGCUCCUUACCGUACUACUGAGCCUCCUGACGAUUCUGCUUGUACUCCACUGCCCUGCACCCCACUUACUAACAAAAACAGAAAAUCUAAGUCUUCUAAAAACAAACAACCCUCAAAAUUAAAACAAACUGUCAGUUCCAAGGACUCAGAUUCAAGCCAUUAUUCUUCACGACGGUCCUCCGCGACCUCUAAAUCCAAAAAAAGGACCAGAAAUCAUCAAAAGUAUGGUGUCAAAAACAACCGUCAUCCAAAGUCAAACUCAAAAGGGAGAACAUAUUAUAGACGUGACGAUAUUCUGAGGACCCCGACUAAUGUGUGUGAGAAAAAUGUUUACGAGCGAAGUGCAGAGGGUGUUGUUCAACCCUCUCUGGGCAGGAUGUUAGAUAACAGAGGGAGGUGUGGCAUGUACCCUCCCCCCAGUGCUAUCCCAGGAACCAACAUAUUCGACUUUUUAACGUGGGACGAUGACAGUGACUCAGUACUAUCAGAGGAGUGCUUCUCACUAGCCACUUCAGGGCGAGGUGACACUAGUUCUAGUGAGGAUAGCAUGACCUCUCUACCAUCUUUAGCUACUUUCAAUAACUUCCACGUCCCACCCCCUCUUCCUUCGCCAGCCUCAUUUAAAAACACUCCCACCUCUCGGCCUCCUCCCUCUCUACCUUCACAUGGCUCUCACAGUGCGGACAUCUUCAGAAACCACGUCAAGCCCAUCGGUAGAGAGGGCUGGGAGCGGUCCCUGUCCAUGUCCGACAUCAGGUGUCCCAACUCUCUGAGCAGUGCGGUAGCUAACUUUGCUGUGGUGCGGUCCCCCACCAGACUCACUCCACCUCCCCCCAGGAGAAAUCAAAGGGUCGGGGACAUCUUCUGUCUCCCCAGCUGUUUUACUCCUGUUAAUUUUGAUAGGGCCAUGCUACUGGAAUGAACGGGCAUUUGGCGUGUUUUAAACUAACAGAUUUUUUAACUAGGAAUGUUAAUUGCUGCGAUAAGUAGUUUUUUGGUCAAGCAGCCCGAAAUUUCAUACUUUUCAUGUUAAAUUGAUGAUUAGCUAUAUUUAGGCCAAAUUUGAUAAAUUGGUAUUUUGCAAAAAUCCGUCUCCAUUUCUGAAUCAGUUACAUCCCAUAAUAAUACCAAACAAUUAAACAUUAGAGUUGAUUGAUCGUUGUGUACAGUUUGAAAUUUGAACAACAUCGCACAAUACUAGUUUCCCUAAAUUUGGGUGUAAUUGAUUGAACAAAUCUGGAACGCGUCCACGUCUCUAAUUCCUGAGCCUGAAUUUUUGCAGAUAAAAUUUACGUCUACAUCAGAGGAGUAUUAUAACUGAAUUGCAUCACGGUUAUAUCAGUCACACUUACAUAUCAGGACUGGAUGUUAAUUGUUUAAUUAUUUGCAAUGAUUUCCUAGGUGAUCUGGUAAUUCUUGUAAUCCGAGUACCCUAAGACCACUCCUCAUUUUUCAAAAAGAUUUUUUUCUCCGUUUAUUUCGUUACAUUUUCCCCAUGAUAUCUGCUUCGCCAGGACAGGGUCUCUCCCUAGUCCUCUUUCUCAGCGUAUUAGCCACUUCUAUAG